UCGAGGGAACGCGUGUGACGCAUGCGCUUAUCGUUUAGACCGUUGCCCUAUUUCCUCCGCUGGCCUCGCCAUCUCUGAGUACAUCGAACAGACGCUGCCAUUGCGAUACGCCCUCACAGGACAUUUUUGGAGUUAAAAGGCGUCGAAAAACGCGUGCAGCAUGACUGCACAAUUUACACAUAGUCCAAUUAAAUUGGAAGGUGUAGAUUCGUCGGAAAAUGUUACUGAGAUUCAGUCGUAUUUAGCCGGCUUUCAGAAGGAAAUUGGGAAUGAUGCACCCAUACAACAAGUGUCAGGUGAAGAUAAUGAGGGGGAAACGGAAGAGGGAACUUACUUUGUUGAUCAAGCGGGUCUUUACUAUUACCAAGCUAAGGGGGAAAGCCAGCCUGUUAUGACAGUAAUGACAGGCCUCCCUGAAUCAGGGGGUGAUGAAGGUGAGGAAUUUAUCAUUAACCCAAAUAAUGAAGAAGAGAUGGAAGUUGAAGAGGGAGAAGAGAGUUCGACGGUUCAGGAAUCCGAAAACCAGAUUCUGAUUAAUUCUGGAAACGCUUAUCAGCGAGUGACGGUCGUCCCAGCCGACACCAAUUCCAGCGAAUUGAGUUACGUUUUAAUUGUGCAAGAUCCCACUGACUUGAAAGACGGCGAACAAACCGAUGGGGAGCAAGACAUGACAGUGUACGACUUCGACGAGGGUGAAGAAGGCGGUGUCAUUGAUUCAGAAACGGACGAUGAUAAGUCAAAAAUUGUUAAAAUACUACCCCGAAAAUCGCAGGUGGUUUCUCAAGCCCAUAUGUGCAACUAUUGUAAUUAUACCAGUCCGAAACGGUACCUCUUAUCGCGUCACAUGAAAUCUCAUUCAGAAGAACGGCCGCAUAAAUGCAGCGUUUGCGAACGAGGUUUUAAAACAUUAGCAUCACUGCAAAAUCACGUUAAUACACAUACGGGUACUAAACCGCAUUCUUGCAAAUUUUGUGAUUCUGCUUUUACGACUUCAGGGGAGCUUGUUAGACAUGUGAGGUACAAACAUACGCAUGAGAAACCACACAAAUGCCCCGAAUGUGAAUAUGCAAGUGUGGAAUUGUCCAAAUUGAAGAGGCACAUUCGAUGCCAUACCGGGGAACGGCCCUACCAGUGUCCCCACUGUACAUACGCAAGUCCCGACACUUUCAAGUUAAAGCGUCAUUUGCGAAUCCAUACUGGUGAAAAACCAUACGAGUGCGAUAUUUGCAAAACGAAAUUCACCCAGUCCAAUAGUUUGAAAGCCCAUAAGUUAACCCACAACAUUGGUGAUAAACCCGUAUUUCACUGCGAAUUCUGUCCUACGACCUGCGGUCGUAAAACAGAUUUGCGAAUUCACGUCCAAAAACUUCACACAUCUGACAAACCUCUCAAGUGUAAAAGAUGCGGUAAAUCAUUUCCAGACCGGUACAGUUAUAAGGUACACAAUAAGACUCACGAGGGUGAGAAAUGCUACAAGUGUGAUCUCUGUCCAUACGCUUCAAUAUCAGCCCGCCAUUUAGAGUCGCAUAUGCUCAUCCAUACCGACCAAAAACCGUACCAUUGUGAUCAGUGUGAUCAAAGCUUCCGGCAGAAACAGUUGCUGAAAAGGCACCAAAAUCUGUACCAUAAUCCCGACUACAUACCACCACCACCUCGGGAAAAAACCCACGAGUGUCCCGAAUGUUCGCGAGCUUUCAGACAUAAAGGCAAUUUAAUUCGUCAUAUGGCCGCCCAUGAUCCCGAUCCGACCAUACAAAGGAAGCAGAUGGAGUUGAAGUUGGGAAGACAGAAAAAGAUUCAGAUGAUCGAUGGACAGCAAGUGGAAGUGAUCCCAGGAAUGGAGUCGGAUGAGGAAGAUGAAGGGGAGAUCGAUAUGAUGGCAGUAGAGGGCUCUGAUGGACAGCAGUAUGUCGUCCUUGAAGUCAUUCAGCUUGCUGAUGGGGAGGAACAAGCAAUGGUUGUUGGUGGGGAUGGAAGUAAUGAGCUUCUUGGGGAAAAUAUCUUGCCUGAUAGUGAUUUGAACGGUGAAGAUGUAAUAAAAGCGUUACAGUCGGCCAGAAGGGUGUACAAAACUGAAGAAACAAAGAAAGAAAAUACAGAGAGUGAUAUGCAGAAUUGCUUCGGCUUUGAUGAGGAUGAAGAAGAAGAAGAGGAAUCGAGAGGAAAAGAAACCAUUACGCUUUUAGAUCAGAUUGACUAAGUUUUCAGAUUGGUAGUUUUGUAAACAAAGAAUUUGAAAGUCUUUAUUUUAACAUUAAGUUUAAAUUAUUUCUAUCUUUGUAAUUCUUUAUGUUUUAUUUUAGCAAUUGUAAAAUUUUGUAUAUAUUUAAUAAUGAUUUACGAUUUCCAUCUUUUUGUAUAUAAUUAUUUUCAUGUUAAUUCUAGAUGUACAACACACUUUAGUUAAUAAAGCAGUAAAUAUACGUAUUUCAUUUGUUUU